AUGGGACUCUGGGAGAACUAUGAUUCUCCUGGCACGAUAUUCUUCAGUCUUCUCUUCUUUUUGGCUCUUUUGGCAACGUCUGGCGCAAUUUUGCUCAUGGUGAAGCUAAGGAGUGAAAACGAACAACUCAAGAAGGAGAACCAAAAGCUUAACCAAGUUUUGGAUGAGGCAUCUCGAAUGCAAGUCGAGCCAAGACAGAAAAAACGACGACCAACGACUCCUUGUAGUGAUUUGACGGCAAGCGAACGAGCAUCUCGACGAAAGCAACGAUCAAAAUCAAGCAGAAGUAGCCAAUUAUCGGAAAAAAAGCCAGUCGUUACGUUUACGGUUGAUGAAAAUGCCAUUCAAAAGAGAUCUGCCGGUGCUUCACAUUUAUUCACUGGUACAACGCCAUUGAACAGCUCGGAGGUUGCUCCCAAUCCUGGAUCAUCGACUAAACGAUCAGUAGCAGAACGUGUUGCUUGCCCGUUUACGCCAGCCGAAUUCGCUGAAGCGAUGCGACAAACCGUUAGCUUUAUCAACCACUACACUGAGCAUCCGGAUGAGUAUCCUGUCACCACAAAACUUAAACCAUGGUCUCUGGUGGCUGCUCUUCCAAAAACUCCUCCACAAUAUCCAGAAGAAUACGCGGACGUGCUUAUCGAUUUGAAGAAACUUGUCUUGCCAAUGUUCACUCACUGGCAACAUCCGCGUUUCAUGGCUUACUUUCCACACGGAAGAAAUCAUGCUGAUAUUUUGUCAAUGGCACUCGAGGCGGCGUUCUCUGUGGUUGGAUUUAGUUAUGAUUCUUGUCCGGCAAUCACUGAACUUGAAGUGGUUACGGUGAAUUGGCUUGCUGAUUGUUUUGGACUUCCGAAAGGAUUCAGAUGGAACACUGAUGAUAUACAAGGUUCCCCAGGCGGUGGUUUCUUCCUUCCAUCAGCUUCCGAUGGUGUUUUUGCUUCAGUGAUGGCAGCUCGAGAUUGGAAAUUUGAAAGAAUUCUCAAAAAGUUUCACGAGGGAAAAUUGGACAAGCGAGUGAAUUUGGAUCAUUACCGAAGCAACAAACAUGAUCUUCGUCAUGAAAUUUGUCAACGAAUGGUGGUUUAUGCGAGCAAAGAUGCACACUCAUGUCUUGAGCUAGCAUGUAAAAUGGCAAUGGUUCGAUGUCAUCCAAUUCAAGCAACUGCCGAUAACGAUUGGGGUAUUACGGGUGCUCAAUUAGAAGAGGCUAUCGCACAGGAUCUAGCUGUUGGUUUGGUGCCGUUCCACGUCCAUGUCACCCUUGGUACUACAUCGACGGCUUCGUGUGAUCACCUAAAGUCAAUAUGGCCUGUCGCUAGAAAGUAUAAGCUAUGGCUUCACGUCGAUGCGGCAUAUGCUGGGGGUGCUUGGGUCGAUCCGAAAUAUCGAAUGCACACUGAGGGCCUUGCACACGCAACAACAAUCAAUAUCAAUUGCAACAAGUUCUUCAUGCAUGUAUCACCGGGGGCCAUUCUCUGGACACAAGACAAGGACACUUUCAAGAAGGGUUUUUCGUUGACACCACCAUAUCUGAAGGCGUCGAAAGAUGAUACAGUAGAUCUUCGCGAUUUUGGUGUCCAGUUGACGCGUACAUUCCGCUCAUUGCGAACCUGGAUAUUGAUGCGAACGACGGGUGUUGAAGGACUUCGAUAUUACAUAAACAAGAUGAUUGAUUUGAGCGCCUACUGUGAGCAUCUUAUCAAACAGCAUCCUAAUGUUCGUCCAUUUUGCAAGCGAAAUUAUGGUCUCUUCUGUUUCUACUACUAUGAGCCGAACAUGUCUUUCGAUGAAUGCAAUGCAGCCACACGAACUCUCUCGGGAUACAUCAACGACACACAUGAGUUGUUCAUCACACGAUCAAACGUUGGUGGCCAGGAAAUCAUUCGACUCACAGUAAACUACAUCAAUUCGACCGCACAAACUGUUGAGAAAAAUAUGGAACUACUUAAGAAGAUCAUUGACGAUUUCCGGGAUGAUUGGGCACUUUCCAAACACAGCGUCUCGUCGGCACCCAAUCCACUCGAGGGUCGCAAUGCUCGCCCCGGACCGGCUCUUUACGAUAUUGACCUCAAAGGAACACCGUUACCUGAUGUGGAUCCUGCUCUGGUUGAGCAUUGGGCUGAAACUCCAAACCCGAUUACUCGACAGGAAUCAAUCAGGGAAACGUACCGUCUCCCCCGGUCUACUUCGAUCUCUGUUUCGAGUGAAGCAUUAGUCACGGCAACUGACACAACCCAGGUUGAACCAAGUGGCACGUCUAUCUCCACAGCUUCUCUGGCGCCUCCAUCAUCGAAUCUUCAAACGGCGACUGGCACAACACAGUUUGGGCUGAGCAUCGUGUCAGGCCGAGAACAGACGAAACUCCGUAUGGCUACAGGUAUAGCACAGUUUGAGCAAAGCAGUGUUCCCGUUUCGACAGCACAUCAACAGACGAGUCUUCAGACGGCGAUCCCAAAUGGUGCACCUUCUACUCAACUGCCAAUGAAAACUCUCAACCAGCCGUCUUCUUCCGUGCCCGAAGCGACAAUGAAACAAGGA